AUUGUGGUUGAGGUCCGCCCACUCUGUGUGCAGCUCGAGCCUCAUCGAGAGAUUUCACCGAAAACCAGGAACUGCCCCGCCUCAGAGGAACAUCUCGCAAAAACUCCGGCAGGUGCUUUGAAGUGCCUCAACAUGUCCGCCAAAGUGUGUCCGGAGCCGGCUGAGCACUCCGGGCACCUCCGCUUCCUCUCCGCUGUGUUUUACGCCGGCAGCUCGUUUCUUAUCACGGUGGUGAACAAAACCGUGCUGACGGGCUUCAGGUUCCCCUCCUACAUGUGUCUGGGCAUCGGCCAGAUGAUCACCACUCUCGUUGUCCUUUACGCUGCCAAACUGAGCAAAACAGUCCAGUUUCAAGACUUUGACCGGAGCAUUUUCCUAAAAAUUUUCCCUCUUCCUUUGCUGUAUGUUGGGAACCAUAUAACAGGACUGGCCAGCACCAAAAAACUCAGUUUACCCAUGUUCACAGUAUUACGGAAAUUCACCAUAUUGAUGACAAUGAUCCUUGAAGUAUACAUACUUAGAAAAACAUUUCCAAAACGCCUUGUGUACAGUGUUGUGACCAUAGUCCUCGGCGCCAUGGUGGCUGCAAGUUCUGACCUGGCCUUCGACGUGGAGGGAUACACUUUCAUCCUGCUCAACGAUGCCUUCACUGCCGCCAGCAAUGUGUACACCAAGAAGAACCUCGGCAUCGAGGGCCUCGGAAAAUACGGUGUCUUAUUUUACAAUGCACUAAUCAUCAUCGUCCCCACUGUCUUGGCAAGUGCAUAUACCGGAGAUUUACACAAGGCAGCUGCAUUUGAGGACUGGGUCGAAGCUACAUUUAUCGUUUGUUUCCUCAUGUCGUGCUUCAUGGGAUUUGUGCUGAUGUAUUCCAUAGUUCUGUGCAGCUAUUAUAACUCAGCACUUACUACUACAGUAGUGGGUGCAAUAAAGAAUGUUGCAGUAGCCUAUAUUGGCAUCUUUGUGGGUGGAGACUACCUGUUCUCUUGGACCAACUUCCUGGGCCUCAGCAUUUGUAUGUCCGGCGGACUGGCAUACUCAUAUCUCACCUUUAACACUAAAGCAUUGACAAGAAUCACUGAAGCGCCGGAGCUGAAGAUUGCCAUUACAGAAGACUCAACAGUGAAGUACUGACUAAACGGAUGCUAUUUUAGCAUUCACCACUUGGUGGCAUUAUUCUGCUUCAUAUUGGAGCAUUGUAUUGCUUCUACACUAGUAUUUUUCAUUUAAAAUAAAUGAAAUGUUUUUUCCUGGAUGCA